AGGGACGGGGCGACAGGUUGUAGUGGGGACUAAGGCCACGUCCUCCUGCACCGGGCGUGGGGUCCCGGCACCCUCCCUUCUGUGCUUUCUCCGCGACGCGUCCUGCUCUCGCUUCUCCCGGCGGCCCGCCAAGCGGGUCGCUCCCCUGCCAAGUCGUGACGGCUCCGCCACACAAAGCGUGCGGCCGCCUCGGUGAGGCGGGCACUCACUGCCUUUCGUGCCCACGGCUCGCGUUCGGCUUGCAGGAGACGGACGUUGAAGCUUCCGUGACAGCUGCCUGAUUAAAUAAGGCCUCCUAAGGAUAACGUUCUCUACCCUCCAAAGAUGUCAGCUGUUGCAGUGCUAGAGGAGGUUCUGGUUUCCAUUGAAAAUGAGCUGCAGGCAGUGGAGAUGCAGAUUCAGGAGCUUGUGGAUAAACAGCAAGAACUCAUUCAAAAGAAGCUGAGGGUAAAAAGUCUGAUAAAGCAAUCCUCAGGAGACUCGGAGGCAAGUGGAAGUAAAGACACCGAAACUUCUGCUGAGGCAUGGAAUAAGAAAGACUUUCCAUGGUAUGAGAAGAUAACAACUGCAUUGCAGGGCAAAUUUAAACUCCAGAAGUUUAGGUCCUUGCAACUUGAAACAGUAAAUGCUGCAAUGGCAGGGAAGGAUAUAUUUCUUGUCAUGCCUACAGGUGGUGGAAAGAGCCUUUGCUAUCAGUUACCAGCUGUCUGUUCUGAUGGUUUCACACUUGUGAUAUGUCCUUUGAUAUCACUUAUGGAAGAUCAGCUCAUGGUUUUGGAGCAGCUUGGCAUUUCUGCAGCUUUAUUAAAUGCCUCAAGCAGCAAGGAACACGUGAAGUGGGUUCAUACCGAAAUGCUAGCCAGAAAUUCACAGCUGAAGCUCAUUUAUGUGACCCCGGAGAAGAUUGCAAAGAGCAAAAUGUUCAUGUCAAAGCUAGAGAAAGCUUACCAAGCAGGGCGUCUUGCUCGCGUUGCUGUCGAUGAGGUCCAUUGCUGUAGUCAAUGGGGCCAUGACUUCAGGCCUGACUACAAGUCUCUUGGUAUCUUGAAAAGACAAUUUCCUAAUGCUCCCUUGAUUGGAUUGACAGCAACUGCUACAAAUCAUGUUUUAAAGGAUGCUCAGAAAAUUUUGCAUGUUCAGAAGUGCAUUACCUUCACUGCAUCUUUCAACCGGCCCAAUCUUUACUAUGAGGUUCGACACAAGCCUUCAAAUAACGAAGAUUUCAUUGAGGACAUAGUUAAGAUCAUUAAUGGCCGAUACAAAGGACUCUCAGGAAUUGUGUACUGUUUUUCCCAGAAGGAUUCUGAACAAGUUACUGUGAGUUUGCAGAAACUGGGAAUCAAAGCAGGGACUUACCAUGCAAACAUGGAUGCUAAAUAUAAGACAAAAGUUCAUAAAGGAUGGGCAGCAAAUCAAAUCCAGGUUGUAGUGGCAACUGUUGCAUUUGGCAUGGGAAUUGAUAAACCUGAUGUGAGGUUUGUAAUUCAUCAUUCUAUGAGCAAAUCAAUGGAGAACUACUACCAAGAGAGUGGUCGUGCAGGUAGAGAUGACCAAAAAGCUGACUGCAUUUUGUAUUAUGGUUUUGGAGAUAUAUUCAGGAUCAGCUCAAUGGUAGUGAUGGAAAAUGUAGGGCAAGAGAAGCUGUAUGAUAUGGUGUCUUACUGCCAGAAUAUGACCAAAUGUCGCCGGGUCCUCAUAGCCCAGCAUUUUGAUGAAGUGUGGGACUCUGCCAACUGCAACAAAAUGUGUGAUAACUGCUGUAGAGAGAACUCAUGUGAGAAAAAGGAUAUAACAGGAUACUGCAGGGAUCUCAUCAAGAUACUUGAGCAAGCUGAAAACAUGAGUGAGAAACUAACCCCACUGAAAUUAAUUGAUGCAUGGUCUGGGAAAGGUGUAGCCAAACUCAGAGUGGCCGAAGUCACUCCACCAAAGCACCCUCGAGAGGAGCUGGAGAGAAUUGUUGCCCAUUUACUGCUGCAGCAGUAUCUGAAAGAAGACUUCAGCUUCACAGCAUUUGCUACAAUAUCCUACCUUAAGAUAGGACCAAAGGCAAGUCUGUUGAAAAACGAGGCACAUCUCGUGACUAUGGAAGGGCUAACCAAGAAGAAAAGUGUUUACAAGGACAAACCAUCUCAGUCUUCAAAUUCAGAUUCUCAGACUGUUUCAAAGACUGGCCAGGAUUCAGUGGUGAAGAAGUCGCAGGAACAUAAACGGCCUAACACUAGUUCUAACUUAAAAGCAAAGAAGAUGAAGCUUCAGGCAGGUGGAGAUGACCAAACAGUAGUGCUGGACUGAGCUUCACGGACUGCAUUUAGGAUCUAAUCAUGUUUGCUUCUCUGUGGACAAUGCAAGAUGUAAGUUCAAUUUGUGUUUUAGUAAGGGUAGUUUUUGUGUAUUUUUUAAACCAAAAAGCAAACAUGGAAACAAGUGCUGUUAAAACCCUCAGGCCUACAAGUCUGGUAGUCAAGGGAGCAAGGAUUCAUAUAUCAAAAUAGCUUAUGUGUAUCUUAGGAUACAGCAAUGGCUACAGAAUGUCAAUAACUACCCUGUUGCCUUUCCAACUCUUGGAAGGUGUAGUGUGUAACAACACUGUUGCUGUCUGGGAGCGAUUUCCAGACCAUCUAGUCCAACCUCCUGCUCUAAGCAGGUCCAAUGGGAACAGGGUACUCAGGGCUGUCAGGUAAUUUUUGGCUACUCCUGAGGAUGGAGAUUCCACAACCCCUCUUAGCACCUGUUGCAGCAUUUGACUGCCUUCAUGACCAACAAAAAAGGACAUUUCUUAGAGCUAAUUUGUAUUUCCUGUGUUGCAACUCAUCUGUUGCCUUUUGUCCAGCCACUGUGCUCUUCUGAGAAGGGUCUGGUUGCAUUGCAGCUAUGCUUAGCCAUUAGGUAACUGAAGACAGCAGCAGGAUCACAACUAUCACUGCCUUUCUCCCCCCUGCCUUUCCUCUCUUUUAAUCUGAAAUAAAUUCAUUUCUCUGGUUUUCCUCUCUAAGUCC